UUAACACUUAUUAAUCAACACACCCUAAGAGAGAGUAGCUAUGGAUAUUAAGUACGAUGAACCUUUAUACGUUCACGAACUUUCAUUGCAAACUGUCCGUGUUCUUGGCCAAGGAGCCUUCGGUUCCGUGUCUCUCAAGGCUCACCCUGGCCUUGGCCUUUACGCGAAGAAAACAUCUUCUAUAAGACUCAAGGAGAAUCUCAAGAAAGAGCUUAGGAUCAUGCUUUACUUCCGCAACCAUCCUCGCAUCGUUCAAGUCUCUAGUGAUCAUCUUCACUUAGGUAUCCUCCUCAAAGAUUGCUACAUCUAUAUGGAGUAUGCGUCCGAAGGUAGCCUAGACGAAGUUAUAUCAUCUUUCGGUGGGAAACCAUUGCCUGAGCACGUGAUUGGACGCACCACUCGUAUGAUCUUACAAGGACUUGAAGCUCUUCACGAACACGGUUAUGUUCACUGUGACCUCAAGCCAGAAAACAUACUCCUCUUCCCUUCAACCUCUCUUGGGGACCCGUGGGAUGCCAAGCUAGCUGACUUUGGUUUAUCAAAGGAGCCUAAUACGUAUCAUGUGUUGAAGUCUGCUGGUACGAAUAUGUACAUGCCUCCGGAAGUUUCUGAGGAUCCGGAGGGAUUGGUCGGACCGGCUCUUGAUAUAUGGUCGCUAGGGUGUGUGGUGUUUGAGAUGUUUGGAGGUAAGUCAACACAGAUGGAGGUGGGAGUCUCUUACGUGUGGAAGCUAGAACAAGAGAUCUCUCCUGUGGCUAUAGACUUCUUGAGGCAGUGCCAUAAGUGGCAUCCUUGGAAUAGGGCUUCAGCAACUGAGCUCUUGAACCAUCCUUUUAUUAUGCAGAGAGUCCCUCUUAGAGUUCCACUGCUAAUCCCAAGUCCUACAAAAAUACAGUACUUGGAACGUCCUUUGUUUACACCAAGGGUUCGUGGUCCAUUGCCAACUCCGAUUGGUCCUAGAAAAAGACAGCAAGAAGCUGCAACGAUGGGGAAAGAAGCUCAAGGUUCGGUCGUGAAAGAUAAAUCAAAAGUGGAGCAGAACGAUGUUGAUAGUGAGGAAUUGUUUAUGUAUGAGUUAUGUAAUAGUUGUUAAGCUAAACCUAGAUAGGUUACAAUUGAGCUUGUAUGUUUACUUGAUAGACAAGAAAUCUAAUAGCAUUCUUAGUUAGGUUAAAUUGUUUCAUUACUUGCUGUGGAAACAAACAAUUGUGAAUCUCUUAAUUUUUUAAAGUUUAAAGUGUACU